GCGGAAGUGACGCAAACAGGAAGUCCGGCCGGCCGCUCGGCCGCCCGGGCGCGCAGCGCAGCGGCCGCGGCGGGUUCUGAGGCGAGGGGAUGAGGCGGACGGAGCGGCUCUGGGGCGCGGCGGUGCUGCAGCUGCUGCUGACUGCCCGAGUGGUGUCGGCGUUAGAGCCCAUCAGCGUGGGCAUCGCCAUCGGGGCCGCGUCGCUCCUCACCGGCUACCUGUCCUACAAGGACAUCUACUGCCGCUUCUCCGAGUGCUGCCGCGAGGAGCAGCCGUUCAACGCCUCGGCCCUGAAGCUGGAUUUGGAGGAGAAACUGUUUGGACAGCAUGUGGCCACAGAAGUGAUUGUCAAGGCACUGACUGGCUUCAGGAGCAACAAAAAUCCCAAGAAACCACUGACCCUUUCCUUACACGGCUGGGCUGGCACAGGCAAGAAUUUUGUCAGCCAAAUUGUGGCUGAAAAUCUUCACCCAAAGGGCCUGAAGAGUAACUUUGUCCACCUGUUUGUAUCGACUCUGCACUUCCCUCAUGAGCAGAAGAUAAAACUGUACCAGGACCAGUUGCAGAAGUGGAUUCGUGGUAAUGUGAGUGCGUGUGCGAGGUCUGUUUUCAUCUUUGACGAGAUGGAUAAAUUGCACCCUGGGAUCAUUGAUGCAAUCAAGCCAUUUCUAGACUACUAUGAGCAAGUGGAUGGAGUGUCUUACCGCAAAGCCAUCUUUAUCUUUCUCAGCAAUGCAGGUGGGGACCUCAUAACUAAGACGGCGCUUGACUUUUGGCUGGCAGGAAGAAAGAGGGAAGACAUUCAGCUGAAGGACCUGGAACCUGUGCUGUCUGUCGGAGUCUUCAAUAAUAAACACAAAUGUUUUGGUAAAGGCUUCUUCAGACUGAGGGGGAAAUUCUACAUUUCUCCAGUCUAUGCUAUCCAGCGAAGGGAGCGCAGAGGCGAGCGCAAGAUGAGCGCCCCAAGGCUUCCCAGGAAACACGAACAGGCCCUUUCUUCUGAGGGUAAAGAACUUCAGGAUCAGGGCCCAGUGGGCACUGGGCAGACUUACUCAGCCCUAAUUGUGCAAAGAACCACACUAUCUGACCCCCUCCUGGGCCUCUUCCAGGGCUACGGGCAGCGCCCCUGCUCAGAGCCUUUUGUGGGGCUGGCAGCCUCUGGACGAGGACAGCAGGGCCCACUGGACGAUCACAGACGUCACAGUGUGUGUGCAGCGUCUGUGCUGAACUGUCCCCAUGUGGGCUGGGGGUUCAACCUGAGGCCUUUGCAGCAGACGGGACAGACAGGUCCCUUCCUCCUGUCCAUUCUCUGGCUGCUGAUUCCAGCCCUGGUCGUGGGAUUCCUCGCCCAUCCAUCUUACAGCGUCAGCCCCAGCCUGCCUUGGACCACACCUUGUCCUGAACUUCACUCGCUGCUGGAUUUCCCCAGCCAUAUCAUAGAGGGAAUCGGUGAGACCGCUGGCUUUGAGUUUGAGUCCUUGGUUCCCAUGGUGAGCAUUUGUAUGUUACACUUUAUAUGUGGGUCAGUCUCUCACUGGACUCCACAGAACCGUGGGAAAUCUGUACAAUGUGCUCAUUCUCCAUGACUGGCACGUGCCCACACUGAGCGGUCAGCUGCAGAUUCUGUAUUGCCAAAGAAGUAGGAGUACUGUACGCUGGAAAUGCUAGAGUUUGCAAGGAUAUGUAUGUUUUUUAUAAUGUCUUCUGAACCACAGAUAAUAGAAAUAUAGGAAAUUGCUUAUUUUAUAAUAAAACAUGGGUAGGACUUAAAAUGAAAUAACUGCUUAUUCCUUUCUCAGGUAUUCUUAAAUGGCAUGAAUGUUGUUGAAUGUGUGGCAGUGUACCGUCCCAGCCAUAGAUCAAACAGGGUCAUCUGAUAAGGACACCUUAUGUGGCAGCACCAGGCUGGAACUGCCCUGAUCACUGGGAGGUAACACUCAGGUUCCACCCAGUGUGACUCAUUCUGUGUCCCUCCUGUGGUUCCAAUGCAGCUGCAGACAUGCCCUUAGAACAGCACAGCAUUUUCACGUAUGAAGUGUGGUAAGAGCGAAUUUUUGACAUGGAACUGCCUUAUAGGGUAUCACAGUCUUUGAAAAAUGCCAAGGUAAGGCUUAAAAUUUUUAGUACAUAUUCUCAAAUUGGAGCUAAGUUACAUUUCUUUUAUAACUUUUUGGGUAUCUGGUCAAGCAGAGACAAGAUUUCUGUUUAUAGUGGUGUAAUAAACUCAACACAUGUUGGCCACCUUUGGACUGCUGUUACUAACUAUAGCUUGAAAAGGCCACACACAGCCCAGCCUCCCCCACCCCUCAUAAAAUAUGGACAAGAGUUUGAAUUGACCUGGAUAUAGAAUCUUAUAAUAAAGGCUAAAUUUUAUGAUA